AUGAUGGACCUCUCCCAGCAUCCCUCAGUCAAGUACGACGAGCCACUCUUCCCCAAGAACGGCGACCCUAUCCGCGCAGUCUUGCUCGGCCAACACCCCUCAAGAGUAACGGCGCUGGCGGAGAUGAUCAACGAGGAAGGACUCGUACGCGUCGUGGCAGGAGUGUCCGACAUCCUGGACUGUGGAGUAGUCUUGAACGCACAAAUACCCAAAGUCGACCUCCUGGUCUGCGGUGGCUACUUUGAACUGGUCGACGUGCGGGAUAUGUUGGCAGAAGUCGCGAACCCGGACGUGCGGUUGCUCAAGGUCCCGGACGGGUUGAUGAUGGAGGGAGGAGGACCGCCGGCUGUCAAAGCGUGGGUGUACGAGCAGAUCCACUCCAACACCUUCACUCCCCUCCGAUGA